AUCGAUAUCUGGUCAGCAGGAACGGUACUCGCGGAACUGUUAUUGGGCCAGCCAAUAUUUCCCGGUGAUUCGGGCGUUGAUCAGCUCGUUGAGAUCAUCAAAAUUCUUGGUACACCAACAAAAGCUCAUAUUCAUGACAUGAAUCCUGAUUACAAAGAACACAGUUUUCCACCUAUCAAGGCUCACCCGUGGCCACGCGUGUUUCGCUCAAAUACCAGUCCAGAAGCAAUUGCUCUGAUCGCGAUCCUACUUGUCUAUUCACCCAACCAACGACCCACUGCUCUGGAGGCAUGCGGCAACGCAUUCUUCGAUGAGUUACGCAAUCCGGCAACAAAACUGCCAAAUGGACGUGCCAUACCGUCGUGCACAGAUUUCACGCCCGAAGAAUUGUGUUGUGACUCCGCACUUGCAUCACUGCUCUGUGGUACUCAGGGUCGAAAAAAGGAUUGCGCGGAUGGUGGAGAAGCGGAGAAUGGUGGUGUUCAAGGUCGAAAAAAGGAUUGCGCGGAUAAUGGAGAAGCGGAGAGUGGUGGCGUUCAAGUGAGUGGAACAAAUGCCUGA